UGAUGCUGAGAAAGCUUUUCUAUUCAAUCAAUUGCUGACUGUCUAACGGUACGGUUGUGUUAAAAACCUAACAACGGAAGAAAAAUCGCCAGCAUUCGUCGUAGACGUGAUAUACAAUUUUGAUAGAAUCCAAAAUAAAACUAAGAAAAGUAGAAAAAAAAAACAAGAAAUCACAACAUUCUAGUUUCUCGCCUUUUAAGUGAGCGGUAAAAUAACAACAACAAAAGAAAAUAGCUACACAAAUAUAAUAGAGAAUUAAACACCGUAUAUGGACUACUAAAUGGACUAUUGCAAUCACCAGCCUAUCUAGAAGAAUUAGCACAGAAUUCAUGAGCCACAACAGAUUUGCAAUUCUCGGAAUCGAUUUGUUUUGUAUGUGGAUUUGAGUUGUUCAGAACCCGAAAGAAAGGUGGUAGUGCAAUAAAUGCCUAAAACGCAAAUUUCAUAUGUAGAAGAGCAAAAAAAUAAAAAUUAAACCAAAAUUCCUAAUAAAAAUAUGGAAUCAUGCAAAAACAAAGUGAUGAGUGUUUACAGAAAAAAAGAUGUUUACCUCAACGCAAAUAAUUAUUAACAUUUAACACUACAAAAACAAAGUGUGAAACAGUAGACAAAAAUUUUUAAAAAAAAAAACAAAAAAUAUUUCUCACAUUCAAAACACAUUUGAGUGCAGCAAACUGUCAAAAAAAAAAACAACAAUAACAGCAGUCUGAGCAGCAGCGUAAAUUUAGAAUUAUUUUUUAAAGUGCAAAGAACUUUAGAAAAUGUGACUGUUUUGUGAGCACAUUUCAAACAACAACAAAAACAAACACAGACAAGAAAACAAAAUACAUAUAUAAAACAAUUCAUAAGUACGUGUGGCUGUUCGAAAAACAAAGAACCCCCCCAGCCGAAAAAAAUGCGCAAUUAAUUGAAAAGGCAAAAAAUUUUUUUUAAAAAUUUGUGUGUUAAUAAAAGUUUUCAAAAAAACGGAAAAAACAUUACAUUUCAAAAGAAAAGAAGAACAACAAAUAAAUACUGCAGUCAUAUCAAUUUUAAAAUGUCGAUUGUCUGCACUUUGGAACAAAAAGUGAAUUUAUUUAAAGGUCCUGUGGCUACCAAAAAUUUACUUAUUCUGAAAAACAAUCUCAACAGCAGCAGUGUUAACAAUCACAACAACAGCAACAAUAAUCCCUCACCACAAGCUACCACAACAGCUUUGCCGGCCUCUGGCAAAUUAUUAACGGAUAUUAAAAAUUCUUCAUCGGCCAAUAUUGGCCUAAAAGACAAAACUUCAACCCCUGGACAACAAGACUUUAAAAGUCGUUUGGCCGUCAACGAAUUUGUGCGCCAAACUACUGUAGCAGCACCCACAGCUGAGCUUAUACAAUUACAUCAGCAACAUCAACAACAGCAACACCAACAACAUCAGUUAUUGUUAACGGCCGCCGCAAAUAUGCCCGAAGUCCUACAGGCAGCUGCCGCCAAUAGUCUUGGCAACGCCUCUGCAAAGUAUCACAGCAAUCCCAGUGCAUCACUGGUGACGCCGGCCACCGCAGCAGCCAUGGCCGCGGUACGCAUGUCAAACAUGUCACCCACGCUCUCCAUGAAUGGCAGUUCCAAUGAGGCCACAAAUGUGCACAGCCUGUCCAUGUACAAUGGCCCCGUCAGCCCCCAGUCCAGCGAUUCGGGUCACAGCAUGUCCGAUAUGCAACAUGGCAAUUACAUGAAUUACAAUCCCGAUUUCACCGGCAUGACCAAGCAACAAGUGAAUGCCGCCAAGGAACUCUUCUCGCAACGCAAACAAAGGGAAUUCACUCCCGAUUGCAAGAAGGACGACAGCUAUUGGGAUAGACGCAGACGCAACAAUGAGGCAGCCAAACGCAGUCGCGAGAAAAGACGCUACAACGAUAUGGUCUUGGAGCAACGUGUGGUGGAAUUGACCAAGGAGAAUCAUGUGCUAAAGGCCCAACUGGAUGCCAUCAAGGACAAAUUCAAUAUCUCGGGGGAAAACCUAGUGAGUGUGGAGCAAAUAUUGGCCUCUCUGCCCACCAGUGAACAGGUAUUGAGCACCACCAAAAGAUCCAAGAUAUCCACACCCACAAACACGUUCAAUGGCAAUGGCAACAAUACAAGCAAUGGUCUGCACUAUGGUUCCUCGGGCACUAAUUUGCCGCAACAAAAGUCCCCAGUUGAGGUACUCUCCGGCUCCAAUAAUGACAAAACGAGUGUUAUAAAGCCCCCCAAUGGAACGGGGGUGCCCAGCUCUUUGCCUGCUAUUCAUUUGCCAACAGCCAAUAACACAGCGAGCCAGCAAACGCUGCAGCCCAAUAACCUGCAAAGCAGCCAGGCUCUCUAUGCACCUCCUGUAUCGGCAGCUACAGCGGCGGCGGUGGCGGCUGCUGCUGCCUAUGUGCCUGCGAGUUUAAAUGACAAUACACCUUCCCAUCACCAGCACCAUCAACAUCAACAACACCACCUUCAGCACCAUCAACACCCACAUCAUGCUGCUGUAGUGGCUGCUGCAGCCACCACCACCACCGCCAAUGUAGCCCCCAACUCCAUAAACACACAACCGCCUAAUGCCACAAAUCUGCAGAAUCUGCAUGUGCUGCAGGCCCUUAACAGGGGCUGUGACUUUGAGAACAUACGCAAGGUGGUGGCAGCUGCAGCCGGAGUGGCAGGCGGUGCCGAAUUACCGUCCAGCGUCAGUGGCCUGUAUGCCAGUCCCCCCUCAGCGGCAGCGGCGGCGGCUCUUUAUGCCGGAGCCUCGCAACAUGUCAAUCCUUUGUACACAAAAUUCAACAAGGAGGAGCAUGCCUAUAUACCAGCCAUGGAGGGAUCCAUUGUCAGUUCCUCGGCCGCCGAUUCCGUCAGCUCAACUUCGCCACGAGGCACCGCAAGUGUCUUGAAUUUGUCAAGGCGGGCCAGCACUCCCACAGCCUAUGAGCAUAUGCUGUCCUCGACCACCUCCUCAUCAAGGCUAUCUUCGUCCAUGUCAUCGGCCUCCUCGUCGGGGGCAGUAUCCGGUGAUGAUGAUCACGAGGCUGACAAUGAAAUGGCCGAAGAGGCCAGUGAACACAAUCUCGCCAGUACCACCACCAGCCCCCACAGCAAUGACUCCAACAAUUGCUUGCCCCUGAAGCUGCGACACAAAUCGCAUUUGGGCGAUAAGGAUGCUGCGGCCACCGCCUUGCUGGCCCUGCAGCACAUCAAACAGGAGCCCAUAAGCAAUAGGGCCUCACCCCCAGCCUGGGCUGACAACUCGGGCGACAAUUCCAGCGAUGAGCGCGAUUCCGGAAUCUCCAUACCCAGCCCCGAAUGGACUGCCCAAUUUCAGCGCAAUGUUUUGGUGCCUGGCAAGGACUCGUGCACCGCCAACGCUGUGGUGACGGUCACCCCCUCGGAGAGAGAGCAUAUUUUGAAAUCGCAAUUGGCACGCCUGGAGUCAGAGGUGGCCACCAUCAAAAAUGAUUUGUACAGUCGAUCAAAGUGUUGUACAUAGAGCAAACAGAGAGCGACCGAAUGGGAGAGCAGACAUUUUUUUUAAGAGCGUAGACUGAUUUCCACAUUGGAAGUCUUUUAAAAGUCUGCGCCAGGAUUUUCUGUUUAUUUCUUUUGGUUUUCGAUUUUCAAGGAGAGAGAGGAUAGACAAUAAUUAGACAUGUUAUGCUAGCGAUAGAACUAUGAAACACAACACAAAGCAGAUUGUUAAGAGAAUGCAAGAUUGUGGAAACUUUAACUUUUUAUUCUAUUUGUUAUAUACACAUAUGCUGCUUUAAGGCUUUGUUAAUAUCUAAAGCAUAACUGAUAGAGAGUCCGCGGAAGGUUAGCUUGCCCAGCCUUCCACUGCAGACUCCAGAUCUCAAUGUUUACGAAGAGAUGAAGGCAAACUUGAUUUCAAAUUUUGUAGAUCACUUAAAAACAAAACAAAAAAUGGUAUUACCAACAUUUCAUAAAAAUAAUUUUUAUUUAUUUGUUAAUAAAUGUUGUUGUGAGCAUGGAUUUUAAAUUAAAAAUUAAUGGGAAUUCCAUUACCGAAAAUGGCACAUUCCCUACUUAUACGGAUAGACACAUAUUUACAAAAAAAAACAAAAUUUUUAAAAAUUAUUGAAAAACAAAAAUUAAUGUAUUACUAUAUGUUGUAAACUAUAAUGACUAUUGAUUUUACAUAUAAUUUAUAAACAAACAACAUUGUGGUUCUCGCUUAAUCAACAGCGUAAACACUUUUGAUAGACACUGUAAACUUUUGUGUUAUGGCGUGAUGUUUUCUAAUUAUUUAUUUCAUUUUUAUUAAUGCAUUAGCUGCAGCAACCACUGGCAUUUUGCGGUUGCUUUUUGAUGUUUUUAAAAAAAGAAAAAAAUAUUCCUAUCUUGUUAAAAGAGAAAUUAAAACAAACAUAUUUUUUCAAAAACUUUUUUUUAAGGAAUGGAAAAUGUUUAUCCUUACAAAUAAUAAUAAGAUUCUCAUGCAAAUAUAAAAAACAAAUUUAAUUUAAAACAUAUAUAUAAAACAAAAAUCAAACUCUUAUAGUGUAUAGAAUAUACAAAAAAAAAAAAGAAAAUAAAGUUUCCUUAUUUAGUUAUAUGUAAAUAUAGAAAAUAAAAUACAUCAUUAAAAAAAAAAACUUAAAAUUUUAUAAAACAAAAACAAAACACACUUUACUCUUAAAACGUUUCAAAGUUAGUGGCGAGUAUAAUUUUUUAAUAUUCGUUUAUUUUUAAAGGUCUACCAACACACAUAAACAGUUAACUGUUAAGCUUGUUAAGUAUGAAAAGAGAAAAUUAAAACAAAAAUAGUUCUUCUACCCACGCCCCCUCAGUCCAUCAUCAUCAUAAUGUAAGAAGUUCCUCCUCAAUUAUCUAAAACCCUGUUUUUUUUUGUAGAAUUUUUGUGAAAAGUAUCUUCUUUUCAGAGUUAUAUUAAUGUUGAUUGAUGUUGCCCGAGGACAUACAUAGUAUUCUUUUUCCUUUCAUUUUCAUAUAAAUGUUUAUAGAUGUUAGAAACACACACACACACACAAACAAAAAUAAAAAGAAAAUAUUUUUUGAUUGCAAAUGACUGAAAUUGCAUUUUAGUAUUCAUUUGCGAUAUAUUGUAUGUAAUUUAGUUUGUAGUUCUUUAAACAAAAAAACAAAAGAAACCAAGAUGGAUGACAGAAAGUUUUAAAUGUUAUAU